AUCUCGGUUUCCCUCGACCUCCCUCCCACUUUGACAGGCUCCUUUUCCCACUCUUUGUCCUUGGCAGAGAAGCUGAUAUCGCCAGAGAUGUUUGCUGAGAUCCUCUGCGACGACCUGGAUUUGAACCCGCUGAACUUUGUGCCGGCUGUGGCCUCGGCCAUUCGGCAGCAGGUGGAAUCCUACCCCAUGGACAGCAUUCUGGAGGACCAGACCGACCAGCGAGUCAUCAUCAAGCUCAACACGCACGUUGGGAAUAUCCUGCUGGUGGACCAGUUUGAAUGGGACAUGUCUGAGAGGGAUAAUUCGCCUGAGAAGUUUGCGUUGAAGCUGUGCUCGGAGUUGGGCCUGGGCGGGGAAUUUGUCACAACCAUCGCCUACAGCAUCCGUGGACAGCUGAGCUGGCACCAGAGAACGUACGCGUUCAGUGAGAAUCCGCUGCCGAUCGUGGAGAGCGCCCUCCGGAACACCACGGAUGCUGACCAAUGGUGCCCCCUCCUGGAAACCCUGACUGAUGCCGAGAUGGAGAAGAAGAUUCGCGAUCAGGACAGAAACACCAGACGGAUGCGACGCCUUGCCAACACUGCUCCCAGCUGGUAACCGGGGACUCUGCGCCUUCUGCCAGCUCUGUCACAUCGUGGGACCGGGGUGGGGGGGGGGGGGGAGGGGGGAACAGGGAUGGGUGGGGUGGGGGGAUUUGGCUAAGAACACGGGGUGGGAACCAGUGGAGUAACUGUUUGGUGUCGAUCAUUUCCACGGCUGCUACCGCCUUUCGCACUUUGGGAACUUGCGUUCCACGUUUUUCUUUUGUUCACUUUAAUGGUCUCGUCAUUAACUAGUCCUCAUCAACAGCCAAUUGACUUCGAUUCCCUUCACCCCCUCCUCUCUUCCCCUGCCUCCAACUGGCUUGCCUGGUGGGUGUGUGGGGAGCCGAAACAGACGUGAUUUGUAUUCGUUCAGUAAACACUUGAUGCUAAACCAA